GGCCGCCAUAAAUGAUGGUGGUUCGCGUGGCACAACUCGCCGCAUUAGUGCUCGUGAUUGCGAGCGUAGCGCAAGGGCAAAGAAAGUUUCCCGCCGAGUUCCGGUUCGGUGUUGGCACUUCCUCGUACCAGAUCGAGGGCGGUUGGAAUGAGGAUGGCAAAGGAGAGUCGAUUUGGGACCGGCUGACCCACCAGCAUCCCGAGAAGAUCCUCGAUCGAAGCAAUGGCGAUGUGGCGGCCGAUAGCUACCACCUGUGGAAGCGUGAUGUGGAAAUGGUGCAAGAGCUCGGUGUGGACAUCUAUCGGUUUUCGAUCGCCUGGAGUCGCAUCAUGCCAACCGGAAUCGGUAACGUGAUCAACGAGCCUGGCAUCGCCUACUACAGCAAUCUGAUCGACGAGCUGCUGCGCCAUGGCAUUACACCGAUGGUCACCCUAUACCACUGGGAUCUUCCCCAGCGGCUGCAGGAGAUGGGUGGCUGGACGAACGAACUGAUCGUGGACCAUUUCGUGGCCUACGCCCGGGUUCUGUUCGAACGGUUUGGAGAUCGGGUCAAGAUCUGGACGACGUUCAACGAACCUAUGCAAACGUGUGAGAACUCGUACUCCAACGAUGCCAUGUCCCCGGGGUACGGAUUUCCCGGUGUUCCGGCGUACCUGUGUGCUCACAACAUCCUCAAGUCACACGCCGAAGCGGUACACCUUUAUCGCGAUCAGUUCAAACCGGUCCAGAACGGUCAGAUUGGCAUCACGUUGGAUUCGGGUUGGAGUGAACCGGCCACCGACUCUGAGGCUGACCGUAACGCGUCUGAUCGAUCGCUGAGAUUCAAUCUCGGGUGGUACGCCAAUCCGAUCUUCUCCGCGACCGGCGACUAUCCGCUGGAGAUGCGAGAACGUAUCGCCAGCCUGAGCGUAGCCCAGGGAUUCCCCGAGUCGCGGUUGCCAGUGUUUACGGCGGCCGAAGUGGAGCGUAUCCGGGGGACGUCCGAUUACUUUGGGCUCAACACGUACGGUAGUUCGAUGGUGCGGGCCAACGAUGGACCCGACAACGCGGCCGAUGGUCCUUCGCACGGUCACGACACGAACGUGAUCGGGUUCAGGGAUCCUAGCUGGCCAACGGCAGCUUCCCCGUGGUUGACCAUCGUUCCGUGGGGGAUGCGAAAGUUGCUCAACUGGAUCCGCACGGAGUACGGCAAUCCGCCGCUGUGGAUAACGGAAAACGGUGUGAGCGACUUUGGCGGCACGAAGGAUGACGUGAGGAUCGACUAUUUUAACUCGUACCUGGAAGCCGUGCUGGAUGCUCUCGAUGAUGGUUGCGACGUUCGCGGGUACAUUGCGUGGUCAUUGAUGGAUAACUUCGAGUGGCGUGCAGGAUACGUUGAAAGGUUUGGGCUCUACUACGUGGAUUUUGAAAGCCCGGAGCGAACGCGAUAUGCAAAGGCGUCCUCGAAGGUGCUGACGAACAUCGUCAGGACAAGGGAGAUCGAUCUUAACUAUCGUCCCGAUCCUGAUGUUUACAUUCCGGCACCGGAAACAGUUAACUAA